UCUCUCUCUCUCUCCUGAUCGUCACCAGAGGGAGAUUGUGAUACGGAAAGAAUUAAUGGUGAAGUUCUCUAAAGAGCUUGAAGCCCAACUCAUUCCUGAAUGGAAAGAUGCCUUUGUGAAUUAUUGGCAGCUCAAGAAACAUGUUAAGAAGGUUAAACUAUCAAGGAUAUCAAAGCUUUCACAAACGACUUGCAGUCAAGAUUAUGGCAUAUCAAUAUUCGACCCUGUUCGCUCUUUGUUUCGUCGUCUUACAUCUAAUGCAACCAAUCAACAACCUGAUCAGAUUCUUCAGGUGAAAAACACGCUUUCCGAACAAGGUGACGAAAUGUCAGAAAAAGAUGAAGAUGAAGAUGAUGAAACUGAACUCGUUGAACAUUUGAACUCUGAGGAAGACGAGGUGAAAGUGUUCUUUGAGAAAUUGGAUGAGGAAUUGGAAAAGGUGAACCAGUUUUAUACCAACAAAGAAAGCGAAUUCCUUGAGAGAGGAGAAAUGUUGAAUAAACAGCUCCAAAUCUUGUUGGACCUCCAGCAAGUUCUUGGUUCCCGGAGAAAAUCUUCAGGCCGGUUUAAAUUCGCACGAUCCCCAAGCUCCACCGGACUCCUCAGCUCUUACUCGUCUGGCCCCACCUCUGACUCCGAAACACCCACUGAGUUUGCUGAAAGCCGUGGAGAGGGGACACAGACAAAUGAUGUGAUUUCCGCUCUAGAAAAAAAUGGUAUCAACCUACUUGGUGCAGCAACUAGAGGAAAAACUAAAAAGGGAAAGCCUAAAAUGGCCAUGCGAAUUGAUAUUCCAGCAACUACGCCUACAAGAACCAUAACAGCAGUUACAUCUAUGCUUUGGGAAGAUCUAGUAAACAAUCCUAAGAAAGAAGGUGGACCAAGUGAUUACAUCAAUCGCAAGAAGAUCCAAUGCGCGGAAAAAAUGAUUAGAGGAGCUUUUGUGGAACUUUAUAGAGGCCUUGGUCUAUUAAAAACGUAUAGCUCUCUAAAUAUGGUGGCAUUUGUAAAAAUACUGAAGAAAUUUGACAAGGUUUCUAAUCAACAGUCUUCAGCAACUUAUUUAAAAGCUGUCAAAAGAUCUUAUUUCGUUAGUUCGGAUAAGGUGGUAAAAUUAACGGAUGAGGUGGAAUCUUCUUUCACUAAGCACUUUGCCAAGGAUGACAGAAAAAAGGCCAUGAAAUUUUUGAAGCCUCGCCAACAAAAAAGCUCUCACAUGGUCACUUUCUUUGUUGGACUCUUUACGGGUAGUUUUGUAACCUUAUUCUGUGUAUAUGCAAUAUUGGCACAUAUUAGUGGCAUGUUCUCCCGUGGUACAGAAACCGACUAUGUUGAAACUAUAUAUCCUGUUUUCAGCAUGUUUGCAUUGUUGAGCUUGCAUUUGUUUAUGUAUGGGUGCAACCUUUUCACAUGGAAAGCUACAAGGAUUAAUUACAACUUCAUAUUCGAAUUCCAAGCUGGUACAACACUCAAGUAUAAAGAUGCAUUUCUUAUUUGCACAUGUAUGAUGACAACUGUGGUUUCUGCCAUGGUACUACAUCUCAUUUUGAUUUCAAAUGGAUUUUCUCCUACUGAAAUUGACGCCAUUCCGGGCAUUCUUUUCUUGAUUUUCAUUGGGUUGCUUGUAUGUCCAUUGAACAUCUUCUACCUUCCAACUCGCUAUUGUUUCCUUAGAGUCAUUCGCAACAUAAUAUGCUCUCCUUUGUACAAGGUUCUGAUGAUGGAUUUCUUCAUGGCAGAUCAACUUACUAGUCAGAUCCCAUUAUUGAGGCACAUGGAAUCAACAGCGUGUUACUUCCUUGCCGGAAGUUUUAAAACACAUCAUUAUCAUACUUGUAAAUCAGGGAAGUUAUAUCGAGAGCUUGCUUAUGUAAUCUCUUUUGCUCCAUACUACUGGCGUGCUAUGCAGUGUGCGAGGAGAUGGUUUGAUGAGUGUGAUGUUAACCACUUGGCUAACUUGGGUAAGUAUGUGUCAGCCAUGAUAGCAGCUGGAGCACGGUUAACUUAUGCAAGACAGGAAACACAAUUUUGGUUGAUAAUCGUUUUGGUGACUUCCUUGUUUGCCACCGUAUACCAACUAUAUUGGGACUUUGUGAAGGACUGGGGACUUCUUAAUUCCAAGUCAAAAAACAUAUGGCUUAGAGAUGAACUUGUUCUUAAGAAUAAAGGGUUCUACUACAUAGCCAUUGCUUUGAAUUUUGUUCUAAGGGUUGCUUGGUUGGAAACAGUGCUACAAUUUAAAGUUGGAUUGUUUGAAUCACGCUUGCUUGAGUUUUCUCUUGCUUCUUUAGAAGUGAUUCGUCGUGGGCAUUGGAAUUACUAUAGGUUGGAAAAUGAGCACUUGAAUAAUGUUGGCAAGUUUAGAGCAGUGAAAAAUGUUCCUUUACCAUUUCGUGAGACAGAUUCUGAUGGUUGAGAACAUUGGUUUAUGUCCAUGUACAACUUCUCCUAUCAAGUGUACCUAAAGGGCAAAACUAGAUAUGGUGGGGGUGUCAAAUUCUGUUCUAUAGUGUCAUGGAUGGUAUGGUUGAGACAAUGUGAAUCAGAGUCAUCAAAAAUCAUAUCGAAGUAACUACGGUAGCAUGUCGUAAGGCUAUCAAUAUGAUAUGAUGAAGCAUCAAGCAGGAAAAACUGUUUUAACCGCUCUAUUGUAUCAAUCAUUAUAAUUUCACCUUUGACUAAUCUUCAUUUUUCAAGACAUUAAAUCUCGUUUGUGAAUGAAUAAAACUUACAAGAUAUUCUCGCAUUGCAUUCAA